AGCACCGGGACAGCCCCUGCGCCGCCGGGAGCCCGCAGCUGCCCCGCUCGCCAUGGGCUCUCGCCUGUCCCUGGACGACUCCGUGCGGGUCGUGGUGGUCGGGGGCGGCUUCGGAGGGACGGCGGCCGCCAGCCUGCUCAAGUCCUGGGCCGUCCCCUUCGUGCUGGUGGACGUGAGAGAUGCUUUCCAUCACAACGUGGCCGCCCUCCGGGCCGCCGUGGAGAGCGGAUUUGCCAAGAAGACUUUCAUCUCCUACUCAGUCACCUUUGGGGACAGCUUCCAACAAGGCAAAGUCGUGGGCAUAGACCCAGAGAGGCAACAAGUUUUGCUCAGUGAUGGCAAGGAGCUCCACUACUCUCAUCUCAUUCUUGCAACAGGCAGUGAUGGACCCUUCCCUGGGAAGUUCAACCAAGUCAUUAACAUGGAAAGUGCCAUCCAGACCUAUGAAGACAUGGUUAAAGAGAUUGAGAAAUCUCAGCGCAUCCUGAUAGUGGGAGGUGGUGCUGCUGGAGUGGAGAUGGCUGCCGAAAUCAAAACUGAUUACCAGGACAAAGAGGUCAUCCUCGUUCACUCCAAAACUGCACUGGCUGAUGUGGAGCUGUUAGCCAGUGUCCGUCAGGAGGUGAAAGAGAUUCUCCUCAGGAAAGGAGUCCAGCUCCUGCUAGGUGAAAAGGUCAGCAACGUGGAAAACCUCAGGCCAAACCAGUUCCAGAAGGACAUGGUAGUAAGGACAGAGAAGGGCACCGAGCUGGUUGUUGACAUGGUGGUGCUGUGCACAGGGAUAAAGAUUAACUCUUCUGCAUAUGCUGCUGCAUUUGGUGACAAGAUGGCAAGUAAUGGUGCUUUGAGAGUUAACAAGCACCUCCAGCUGGAAGGCUAUGAGAACAUCUAUGCCAUUGGGGACUGUGCAGAUGUCAAAGAGCCCAAGAUGGCCUACCAUGCUGGGCUCCAUGCCAACAUUGUGGUGACAAAUAUCAUCAACAGUCUGACACAGAAGCCUCUCAAAACCUACGAGCCAGGGUCACUAACAUUCCUGCUCUCCAUGGGCAGGAAUGAUGGUGUAGGCCAGGUGAAUGGUUACUAUGUGGGACGUUUCCUGGUGACCAUUGCCAAGAGCCGGGACCUGUUCGUCUCCAAGAGCUGGAAGACGAUGGGACAGACAAUGCCCUCUUAAGAGAGCACCAGUAACAAUCCAGCAAGAAGUACAACUGCAAGAGGGUGAGGGUGCACUUCUAUUGCUUGGACUGACUGACACUGUCCCCUGCAGCACCUCCUCAAGCCACCCAUCACCGUGCCUCAUUAAAGGGGUGCCUGCCUUGCUGUAAAGGGGAAGGAGGCACUUCCCAAAUGAACUGCACAGAAGUUCCAAUGAUUAAAAAUGAGGGAAUAAAUGUUUCUUUUACUCCCCCUGCUGAGAGAGCUCUGGGCAAGAAGCUUGGCUUACCUCGAUUUGUAACAAUAAACACUGUGGU